AUGGGGAGGGGUGUGACGUCUCGGACUACAACUACAACAACACGCAGCAUCAGGACACCAUUAAAACCGGCCAAUGUGAAGGAUCUUAAGGCGAUGUUUGAUCAUUCAAAAGAUGACAAAGAAACAUCUAAAACUAAAACAGAGACCAAACUGGUUAAAACAACUUCUACGUCUGCUUCUGGAGUAAGUCCAAGGUCACGCAACAAGGAUGAUUCAGGAAUCAAGGUUGUGUCCUUGACCUCUACAAAAACAGACUUAAAAAGAGAGUAUGGUGGCAGCACUGGGAAUGUUAACUUGUCAAAGGACACAUCAUCUAGCAGUUCUGAUCUUCUAGCCAAAUAUCGAGCUAACAGGACAGGAUAUUAUAAAGACACACCACGACAAAGUGAAACGCUUGCUGGAACUGUGAGCCAAAGUUCACCAGACCUGUCAAAGGCUGGCAACAAGUCUCCUCAGUCCUCCAAAACUAGUGUGUUCUCGUUUAGUGCCAAUGAUAAGCCUAAAGAAUUCAGUGUUCCUAGGUUAAACCUGGACAGAGUGACCUCUGUGGAAAGUUUCGACAGUGCAUCGUCGAAAGAUGACAGUUCACGAUCUCGAAGCGACUGUGCCAGUCCAGUAAGUACAGGUAGCGGUAGCCCCAAGCUGAUUGGUCGGGCAAAACCAAAAUACUUACCCAGUCCUCGUUCGGAUACUGCAGAUAGCAGUAUACGAGUUGAAAUUCCAGUUGCCCAUCAUUCCAGUAACAAUGAGACGAAGCUGAGUGCAGUCAGUGGUGGAGGAAGGAGUGGUGGGUCUAGGUUUCGGGACACGACCGACAGAACUGCUGUGUCCAAAACAAGUGGGACAUCUAGGUUCAGUGAUAGUACGGAUAAAACAUUUGUGUCAAAGACAUCCCGUUUUGGUGACUCUGCUGAUAGGACAGUUGUUUCUAAGUAUUCUACUGAAGUUAAAGGUCCUCUCGCAAGCAGGACGAGAACGGUGGAAAUCACGCAGUCCGAACGGAGGGUGGGAUCGCCAUCUAAGGUAUCAGUUGAUGCUCCUAUUCCAUGGUCUGAUAAGAACAAAGGCAAAGUUUGUGGUAUAUUAGAUUCAAAACAAGAUGUCAAACUUAAAACAGACUCCUCCAGUUCUCAACCGAGCUGGUUAGAAAAGAAAAAUGCUAGGAAUGUUUUAAGUAACUUUGUGUCAUCCUCUCAGUCAAAACAUGACACAAAGACACAGACGAAGAUCGAGCGUGAGAUUCCCAUUCAGAGGAUUGGUGACUCCAAUAAGAAAACUCCAUCAAGCAUAGAGGCAUGGGUGCCUUCAGUUAAAACAACAACAGAGGUCAAACCUGAAAGGAGGUCAAGACAGGUCGAUGUCAAGGUUACCAAGAAGGAAGAACCUAAGACUUCAAAAACUGUCACUGUGGCCAAACCUGAAAUUACUAAAAGGACAAGUGAUUUCACAAAGAGGACAAGUGAUGCCACAAAAAAGAAGGAUUUGUCGAAACCAAGUGAACGCUCUGCUGCCAGUAUGAUCCAAGAGAGAAAGAACAUGCUUACAUCAACCACGGCAACCAGAACAUCAGCCAGCAAACCUCCACCAAGGAAGAUGUCUGGAGGUGAAAAACUGGACGUAGCGGGCCCGGGAGCAGAUAUUAGGAAAAUGGUAUCUCGAAAAAUGAGCACAGAGCGAUUUCAGAGGUUGAAAUUUGAUUUUGAACGUGGUGUUCCUACGGAAAGUUUUGAGCGAAGGGGCUCAGAGGUUGACCAUAUUGAACUUAAACAUCGUGUUUCGGAAAUAGCAUCCCAACCUACGACAACUAAGCUCACAAAAACAGAUUCUUUUAAACGCAAAGAGGAAUCUAUAUUUGCCAGUGGUUUGAAGGUGUCAGAUUUCGUAGAACAAGUAAAUAAUUUGGAGACGAACAAAAAUUGUAACGCUGGGAGAAAAUGGAAAGCUGGUGUGUCACGACUCAAGCGUUCCUCUCGUAUGAUGGAGGACGGGCAGGAAAAUGAGUACCUCGAGGUUGGGGACAACGAUGGUGAUAUAUCGGAUAGCGGAUCGGAUUAUGGAAUAUAUGAACAUGUACCUGAAGCGGGUCUGGCAGCCAGAGAUGGUGAGUUUAUCUUACUGUCAUAG